AUGGACAGCCUCACGAUAUGCUGUCUUCUGGACACGCUUAUUCCUCGGCUGCACCUCUUCAUUCUCCUCCUCACUGGAUACAACAUAGUCAGUCUCUGUGUAUGCGCCCGCCGCAUCCAGUAUCCCUACCCAGGCUGCAAACGCUGGUUGAAAAAUUCCUCUGGGCUGAAACUUCAUCAAAGCUCGGCCCAUAGCCACUCGUUUACCCAUCCUAAUCGCAAUGCACACAACACGCCUCUGUUGAAGAAAUUGAAGAUGAAGAAGCUCCCAGACGCACCAACAAUGAGCUCUGGGAGUCGUAUUUGUGACGAGAAUGGCAACUUUGUUGACCCUGGCACUCCUCCUCCACCAUACACAGCAAAAAGUCCUGACGACUGGACUCCAUAUCGCAACCGACUGGAAUUUGAGUGCGCAGAUUUCAUGUACACUGAAAACCAGAUGUCCGCUGGUGAUAUAAACAAGAUUCUCUACUUGUGGGGAAUCACUCUCACUGUUCAUCGCGACAAUCCACCAUUUGCCGACUACAAGGACCUGUACGAUACUAUCGACGCAACACCGCUAGGCGAUGUCGCAUGGGAAAGCUUCUCCCUGAAGUACAAUGGCGAUAAACCUGCUGGAGAGUGUCCACUUUGGAUGGAACAGUCGCACGAGAACAUGCUCGCAAAUCCAGAUUUCAAAGGUGGAAUUGAUUAUAUGCCCUACCGUGAAUUUCAGGAGAAGGAUGAGCAACGCCGCUAUAAGGAUUUCAUGUCAGGAGACUGGGCCUGGCAGCAAGCAGUAUGCAGUGACAAGACGACGGUGUCUGUCGCUACUGGUCAAAACGACUACUACCCUCUAUAUCUCUCGAUUGGGAACGUUCACAAUAACGUCCGGCGGGCGCAUCGCAACGCAUUGGCUCUGAGUAAUGAACUUGGAUACCGCAAAUUCAAGAAGCAGUUGUUUCACUCCUCGUUGUCCAGGAUCUUCGCCAAUCUCAAACCUGGAAUGACAACUCCAGAGGUCACACGAGAUCCUCAGGACACCGCCUGUUCGAGGUGUUUCUCGGUCACGCGAACAUAUGAUGCGCUUGUGGAUUCUAUAGAUUUUGGUAUACUUUGGGAUGAGUAUGGUAUCAUUGGCGAGUUAGUGCUCCUUGCCCCCGACAUACUGCACCAGCUCAUCAAAGGAACCUUCAAGGACCACCUUGUUGAAUGGGCGAUUUUAGAUGAUAUUGACCGAAGAAUUGCUUCCGCGCGCCCCUUCCCUGGCCUACGACGCUUUCCACAAGGCCUGUGGAUUCUCACAAUGGACAGCAAUGAGGGCCACGUACCAGAUGAUAUGGUUCAGGCAUUUCGCGCCUUGCUAAAGUUCUGCUACAUCGUGCGCACGAACGUAGUGACGGACGACACUCUCGCAGCGCUGAAAGAUGCCCUUGGGCGUUUUUCAUACUUACCGGACUAUUUUCCAGACUACUGGCGUCCGCUUCGACAUUUCCCUACCCCUGACAACACUCUCUCAUCCACUAUGAGCUUCUCAUCCGAAUGUUCGGUGCUCCGAACAGCCCUCUGCUCAUCAAUCACGGAAUCAAAACAUAUCAAGGCGGUAAAGCAACCAUGGCGACGUUCAAGCAAGUACAAUGCGCUCAGCCAGAUGCUCCUUACCAAUCAGCGCCUGGACAAAGUCGCUGCAGCAAGAGUUGAUUUCACAACACGCAGGCAUGCUCAAAGGAAUCCCUCAUAUAUCGACAACAAUGAUGGAGACCCAGAGGGUGUUGUAGAUGACGUGGAUGUCAUUGCUGAUGUGCAAUUAGCACGGACCUUUCAACGAAAACGCGCCCGUACCGUUGCUGAUCUUGCAGACGAACUCGACAUCCCAUCGUUCCCGACCCUCAUUCGCCUCUUCCUGUACGACCAAAUACACGCAGACAACCACCAUUCUUCUGCCGAUGUCCCCCUUCGCGACUGUCCAUCCUACACGGGACCAAUCAAGAUAUUUCAUUCAGCCGCUGCAACAUUUAUCGCACCCAGUGAUCCGAGUGGAAUCACUGGUAUGCGCCGUGAGCACAUUCGCGUUGUGCCUUCGUGGCGCAAGGGACCAGCUCGCUUUGACUGCGCCUUCGUCAACACGGACAAUAGGCAUGAUGGAAUUCGCACAUACCCAUGUGCCCUCGUUCAAUGGUUCCAUCGCAUCGCCGAGGAACGAGACGAGCUCACAGGAAUGUGGAUGGUGGCACCGUCUUUCAAUGAAGACGGCUCUCGCGAUUUGUCCAUCAUCCAUAUCGACAGUAUCAUUCGCGGUGCUCACUUACUCCCAAUAUUCGGUACUCAGCUCGUACCACGCGGCCUUCGAUUCUACGAUUCUCUGGAUGUAUAUCGAGGAUUCUACGUAAAUCGGUUCAUCAAUCACCAUGCUUUCGAGCUGGCAUCUUAA